AUGGCGUCGACGUGGGUUAUUCGGCUCACUCAAGCCGACAAAAGCAGCAGUCCAAUAUUGAUCAACGUGUCACAAAAAGAAGGCGGGCAUGUUCUGGAUCUCGACCUCCUCGCAACCGACGGCGAAGCAGCCUACGCCGGUAAAGUCAGGCAGCGCAGCCUCAAGAAAUUGCGCGCGAAGAAUUAUGAGGGGAAUGACGAGGACUGGGCAAGCAUCAUUUCUUCCAUUCUCGGCACAGACACGAAAACCUCAGCCAACAUACAGCGUAAGAGCAAUCUCGAGGUGACGUGUUCAGUAUCGGGCAAGGAUCCUAAAACCCUCUUAUCAAUCACCAUCAACAAUAGAAUCGAAGAGAUCACACAGCGCCUUGGGGCUAUUGAACUACCUCAAACGGAGGACACCGACGAUGUGGACCUCUUUGGCUGGGCAUCGCAGGCGGCUGAGAAGCGGGAUGAGUUGCAAGAAGAUGUCACAAGUCUGAAAGCGCAGGUCAAGACAAAAGAUGAGGUGGUGGCAAGCCUCCAGAGACAAAUUGACGAAUUGGUCGAAGCCAAAGCUGAGCACGAACAGCAGAUGCUAUCUAAAUUUGCACUGCUCCUCAACGAAAAGAAGCUCAAAAUCAGGAAUAUGCAACGGAUCCUGUCCACUGCAAAGACGGACAAGAAAAAAUUGAAGGAGCUGCAAGCUGUCAUUGGGGACGAAGCAGUCGGUGCAACUCGACGUCGUAAGAGACCAGCUGAGGACGUCGUGGACGACGAUGAUGAGAGUGAUGGCUUCGAGACCACAGGCGCGGAACCUGCCACUAAUAUCGAGAAAGAAGCCGGAUCACCAACUUCUAGUGAUUCGACCCCAACACCCUCAGAGAGUGACGAGGAUACCGAUGAGGACAACUUGGAUGCCCCGGCAACAUAUUCGGAUCAACCAAGAACUCGAGCAAUGGGUCCAGACCAUGACCAAGGACAAAGCAUGACGCAAGGUAACGGGCAGACUAAGGCUCAGGCUCUGGCUCAAACCACCCAGGCUGCAGAACAGAGCGACAGUGGUGACGGCAACGAUGACAACGACAAUGACGAGGAAACAGCGAGCGAGGAUGACGAACUAUGA